AUGCAACAGUUGAACACAAUCAACAAGAAGAUUAGAGGUUACCUGGAUGAAAUUGGACCAGAACGGCUCCACAUGCCUACAAAUAGGUACUCCACGAUGACCUCUAAUAUAGUGAAAUCCGUCAACGCAGUCACAAAAGCAGUGAAGAACUAUCCUAUUAUAGCGUUGUUGGAUUCAUUGCGACAAACAACACAAUCUUGGUUUUGUAAGAACAAAGACACGGCAUAUGGCACAUUCACAAAGUUGUCCACCAAGUACGAGAAAAUGAUGAGAGAAAUGAGCACAUCUUUGAGGAACAUGAGGGUAUCUCCAGCAAACCAAACAAUAUUUUCGGUUGCUGAUGAUGGAUCAUCAUUUGUCAUUGAUAUAGAGAAACGAACUUGCACAUGUCGGAUGCUUCAAGUUAAUAAGAUGCCAUGUCCACACGCAUUGGCUGUAAUAGCAACAACUAAACGGGAUCCGUACGAUUAUUGUUCGUACUUCUACACCAGUGAAGCGUACAUGAAUGCAUAUCAAUACAUAGUAUACCCAAUCGAGAGUCCAAAUGAGUGGAUUGUGACCCCAAAAGUUGAAGACGUAAUUGUCCUGGCACCUAAUCAGAAAAGGAGAUCAGGCAGACCAGCUGAAAAGAGGAGAAGAUCGUGCAUUGAGGGGAAACAAAUGGUGAAAUGUGGACGUUGUGAAGGAAGUGGUCACAAUCACAGGACAUGCAACAACCUGCUUCAAUUAGUGAAAAAAUAA